AUGAGCUGGGACCUACCGGGCUCCACCCCAUCCCAUGUAAAAGUAGGCAAGGAUGUCUAUAGAGCAGGACGACUCUCCAUGUUCUUGUCCCCAUUGCGCUUGAGAUUUUGGAAAGGCAGGAUAUUAUUAAAAUACCAUAAAAUCUUAUUAGCAAAUGAUGCUAAAACUCUUGAAUUGUUGAUCGUUGUGAUGAGGAGGAGAAGGUUAAUAAUGAUCCUACAAUCUAUAAGAGGGUGCUUGGCCAACUUUUAUGUCCUUACAACAGAAGGCAUUUUAUUUGUUGGUGGGUGGUUGGAUGUCUAUUGCAAGAAGGAAACAUCUUAUGCCUACUGGUGGAUAAGGCAAGCCGUAAGGAAAGCCAUAUUUCAACAUUCCAGGACGAUACGAUUGCAGGAGAAUGUGUAUGGACUAUUGUCCAAAGUGAAAGAAGCAAAAAGAUUAUGCAUUCAUAAAGGUAAUCAUCAUCCAGUGAAAGAGGAAAUAGCAGCAACUGCAAGAAUCACAGUUUAUAAACUUGAUCAAUUGCUAUUUACGGCAAGAAUGCCUCUGUCGAUGCAACAGCCUGUAUAGAUGGACCAAGAUACCACCUUUCAGGAGAUCACUGCAGACACCACAUGAAUCGAGGUCCCUGGUGUAAGUGUCGCAAAGCAGCUGAUGAGACAACACAUCCGCAAUCUCUUGAGCAUUCUGAGUCCUAUAGAGACGAAGAUAAUUCGUCUGAGAUUUGGUAAUGAAGAUGAUAAAAAGAAAUCAUUAUCUGAAAUUGGUACCAUUUUUGGGUUAUUCAAGGAGAGAGUUCGACAACUGUUGAGUAGGGCGCUGUACAAGCUGAAGCAGUGUCUUGACAGCCAAGGACUAGGCGCAUAUGCAGAUAUGAUCACUUAA